AUGGGGCACCAGCACCACCGUCAAAACCACCAACACCACCAAGCAACAGACAGUUUAGUUAACCUCUUCACAAAAGCAAACAACGAUCUUACACUAGUCCAAUUCAAGCUCGAGAGAGAAUUUCAACAAAUCUACCCUGACAAUGCAAAUCCAGUGAAGUUAGUUAAUAGAAUAAAGAAAUUACAAGGAGAUUUGACAGUCUUGAAGGAUCAGUGCCAAGAGCUUCUUGCAGCCAAACAGGAUUUGAUUGAUAAAGCGCGGACGGUUCUUGUUGGGAAUAGGAAUUUGAUACAGAGGAUGGAAGUGUCGAUGGGGUUCGAUGUUACUGGUGAUGCUGAGGAUCCUGCGUUUGUGAACUUCAAUGAGAUUAUUGAUGAGUGGACGACUCACGUCAGAGCAAGAACAGGGGAUGAGACGCAUGAUUCGGACGCUGAGGAUGUCAACAAGUUGCUUUUCUCAGCCAUAGUUCAAAACAAUUGA